GGCAAGCUGAAGUAUCUCAUCCAUCUCAUAUCAUGUACUGCCUACGAUAUUUCCUACUGGUCCUUCUAUUCUUCCCAUUCCCCACUGCGCCCCCAUUCCUCGUCUUCCUCUUCCUGAUAUCAAUGACAGUCGAGCAUAGACCCUGUGCUUAUUGCUCACUACUCCUCUCGGCGAUCCUGCUCUCUACGUGCUCAUGGAAUCUGGCGUCGGUGGAUGUCUCGCCGGUUUAUCAUCCGAGUGAUCGAGACGUACAAGAUCGAUCAUCUGCCGGGCCCGGAUCAUCAACGCUUCUUUCAUCGAUUCUAUCAUUCUUCAAAUCAAACGAUCCAUCCAAGAGCUUGAAUCCAACUACAAAAAAGAAUCACACCGGCGGAUUCAAAUCGAUCACACCUGAGAAGAAAGCUCAAGAGACUCACCAUCGUUGUUGGUGUUACUCUAACCAUGGGCGACUUUUCGAGCCGGUCUCUUCCAAGAAGAUUAAGAAAGAAUCGGAGAAUCUCGACUCUCAGCAACAUCAAGAAGAAGAAGCAGAAGAAGGAGAAGCUUAUCAACCUUUGUCCCACGCCCAAUCAACAACUACCACCACUGAAUCUCACUCUCAAAAAUUGAAGACUGAUAUUGAUGAUCAUGAUGAUGGAACCAAUGAAGAAUUCGAGCUCGAUCAAUCGAUUCGAAAACCGCGACGACCGCUCAAAUCGCUCUUCUCUCCGCUCUGGAAGCCACUGAUGACAACAACCAAACUCUCCUCAGCCCGCCCCUCUCCAUCCCACAAGGAUCCCCAAGUAUCUACCAACACACCGUCUUCCCCGGCAUCUAUCAGACCAUCUAGUCCUUCCUCUUCAUCCCGUCGUCCGAUCAACAACAACACAGCAUCCCCGAUCAAAACUUAUCGUAGUUCAUUCUCCAGGACUCCAUUAAUCUAUUCUCAUCUCAUCCAUCCAUUCCUCGAACUUCUCAAACCGAAACUACCUCUACCAAUGAUCCAACGAGUCCUGUUGAUCAUCAACUAUAAUCUCGUGGAACUCACUCAAAAGUUCAUCGGCUUAAAAAUCACUCAACACAUUCUUGGUUCUUUUGAUUAUCAAUACAAGUUCGAAUUCAUUCGUGAUGUGAUCAAUCAUUAUCGGUCUAAUCUUCCUUAUGAAAUCAGAGUAAAUCAACUCUUCGGAAUCCGAAUCUUUUUAGGAACCAGAGCUUGAUUACAUAAUCUCAAAAUAAAAUCCAGUUCACAAACUCUUUUUUCUUUACUGUCGUUGUUCCCUCUAAAAAAUUGUAACGCUUCGCUUUGUAUUUG